AUUGGGUAAGCGGCACUAGUUUGCUCCUGCUGUUAGCAAACUGCUGAGGGAGGAAACACCGGUAACUUCUCAAAGAUGGGUUAAAGAAAUGUAUCCCAUUAUAUGACGCUGUGGGGACACGCAUACAGACCACACCAGUAACUCUGCAUUAACUGUUUUUGUCUCAAUGUGUUCCAGAAAGCGUAAACGGUACUCCAGGGACAUAAAGUAUGUUUUCUUUCCCGAUGAUGUCCACAAUGGUCUCCAGAAAGUGGGCAGGGAGCCUCCCUCAAUCUCAGCCCUGUCAUCCGCCAAGAGCUGGGAAAAAUGUGGAGACAGUUUUUUGGACAGUCCGGUGACAGAGAUCCUUCAGUCACCAGGAAGAAAACUGUCUGCUGUAAGGAAGUUGAAACAGUUACCUUCAGUUCCAAGCAGUGGCCCUCACCAUGAUGAGGACCCAGUGAAUAUUGCGUGGAGCUCCAGUAACUCUGAGCAGUCUGACAAUGAGACCCAGGAGCAGCAUCUGCCCAGAGUUGCACCACGGCAGCAGCAGUCUCGCAGUCGAGCCAGACCCACAGCUCCCACUCAGUCUUACAGCAGAGGGCUGCUCAUGCUCAGCACUGAUAAAGAUGACCUUCCUGUUAUUGACACAGACAGCGAUCUGGAUGAUGAGUCUCAUGAAGAUGUUGAAAAGGACAGUAAGCAACAAAUCUCAGACUGUGAGUCCUCUGAAGAAAAGCCAAAUGACUUUUCUGCUAAAACAGAAGAUGUUGAGGAGCUUGAGAUCUCAGGGUAUGCGUCUAAUGGAGAGGAUAGUGGCAGCUCAAGCAGACUGGACUCUGAGGUCUUUCCUCUCCAAAGUGGUGAGGGCAGCAAAAGGUCAAUCAGUGACUGGGUGAGAUCUGCUCAGGCGAUGCUGCAGACACCUCAGAAACCAAUGAACAGGCAACCCAAGACUCCAGAAGACUCCGCCAAAAAGAAAAGAAAGUUUCAAAGUGGAGGUCUGGCAGAGAGGCUGAAUCGACUUCAGUGCAGGCAGAGGUCAGCUAUCAGCUUCUGGAAGCACCAGUCCAUCUCAGAUACCUCAACAGCAACAACCGCAACAGUGGACAGGCCUGGCGUGCUGGUGCUUGAGGUGCUGGAGGUUCAUGAGGAGUGCAGCAUGCAGUUGGCGCACUGUGAACACCACCAACCCCCUGGAGAUGGCCACCAACUCAGUAACCCGGUCUCUGAGGAGAAAGCUCAUAUGUUGGUGUUAUUCAACAGAGAGACAGCUGCCCAACUGAUUCCUGCACCCAGAGACGUCAUCCACCUAUAUCCACCAUGGCAAAGCCUUUCUGUUGAGGGCUUCAGCUGUCCUGUUAUUCUGAACACACACUUCAGCAAGAAGGUCUUCUCUGCUUCCAAAGCGGCCAACACAUCUAUUCCUAGAGACCGGGUAUUUGCAGAAAGGCACACGCCGUAUUAUUUGGGUAAAUCAUUCGCACUGCUGGAUUCAUGCAGGGCCACGGAUGAGAGCGAUGCCAAUCAGGUUGCCCAGUGUAGUUUGGGGGGUUCAGGAGUUUUGACAAGACACUGCAUCUCUCUUCUGGAAGCUAUUGAAGGACUCGGCCAGGCUGGCUUUGUGGAGCAAGAUGUAGAGGUGGUUGUCCAGAGAGUUUACUCCAUCCACAUGGCUGACUGCUCUCCUGUGUCCAUCCUCAAACCAAGAGUUCCCCUCAGGUCCUCCACAGCUCCUCCUGCAGAAAAAGGCAAAACAAGGUUGUGUGUGCUUGUCCAGGACAGCUACGGGAUGUUCAGUGUGGUUCAGCUCCACCCCCUGCCCUGUGAGGAUGACCUCAGCCAGUACUGCCAGAUGUGGCAGGGGAAGACCUGCAUGCUGAGAGGCAUUAAAGUGGUGCAGCGGGUCACACGAGAAAGGAGCUCCAGGCUUUUCAGCUUGAUAGACAGCCUGUGGCCCCCAGCGAUGCCUCUUAAGGAUCAUGGAAACUCACUUAGUAUGCAGAGUGAAAGCAGACCUUUGGCUGCAGCUCUGAGUUUCUGCUACCUGCUCUCAGGCCAGCAGGGCUCUGUGGAGCCCAGCGAGGAUCAAGGCACUUCCCCGCUUUACCUUCAGCCUACAAAACUAACCUUACGAGACAUACUGCAGAGCGAGACAGAAACCUGCCGCUGCACAUUUACUGCCACAGUUUUAUACAAGAGAAUUCAGAACACUGAUAUAGGCCAGGGUGAGGUUUGGUUGGUGCUCACAGACCCGAGCCUUCAGGAGGAGCAGCCAGAGAGGCCAUGCAGGCGCACUGUGGCUCUGCGUGUGAACACUUCCUGUGUGCUCACUUCCUCCGUCCUCAAAACACUGAAUUCUCCCGCUGUGUGUCACAUGUUGUUCAGAGAUGCCAUCAAAGAACAUGGUGUCCUCCUCUGUGCGGAGCAGUCAGUUGUUGAGGUGUGCCCUGAUGGUUGCCUCAAAUCCACAAACCGGUCAGAAGUCCUUUUGCAGUUGCUGCCUGAGCCCCAGGCGAAGACCCUGCCCCAGCCUGUGAGACUGGAUCCACUGAGUCUGGAGACCACACCCAACUCCCUCUGCAUUCUCACAGGUGUGAUUGUUGGUGUGGAUGAAAGCACGGCGUAUUCGUGGCCUGCCUGUAAUCUCUGUGGAAAUGACAACUUAGAGCUGUCAGCUGAAAGGCCUCAGAACUUUCACUGUGCGUCUUGUAAGUCUGUAGUGGAUAAGCCGAACACAAAGAUCCAGCUGGAAGUCUUCCUGACUACGUCUUCAUUAAGAAACUGCACCAUGAAGGUGAAGCUGCAGCAGAGGACGAUCAUGACCAUCCUGAACGCCGCAGAGCUGGAGGGGAGUGAGUUCCCAGGAUACGAUGUGGAGGCUGUCUUGGGAAAAGAGGUGGGCCCCAUCCCCGUUUACGUCCGAGUCAUCACUAGGAAGCCUGCCCUCUGGAUGGGCCUGGAGGAAAUCUGCCUCUGAGGCUGUCAGGGCGAGCAGCUAAUGAUAUCAAUCCUCAGGCUUCGGCUGGCUCCAAGGAUCUGCAACACUGGGCCUUGGUCUGAGCCAGUUUAUCCUCCUCUCUUCCCCCUCCCCUCCGAAGGCCUCCCUGACAGCUUGAGGCUGUGCUGAAGAGAACAGGCUGUGAAGACACAAGGUCCUGUUUGUGUUAAUGAUAUGUGAUCUAACCAACCAGGGGUUGACAGCCCAAGGGUAGAGCAGUGGCAUGCAGGCUGUCAAGCACAGCCCACGUGGUUCAUUAACUGAGAUUUUUGGCUUUAAUUUUUUUCUUUAUCUUUUUCAUCCUGUCUCUGUAUUUAAGAUUACUCACUUUAUGUCAAUAAAGGUUUAUUUUUGCUGACUCUG